AUGGUGGUCUGUCAGGCGUGCUACGAGGACCUCAUCCUCUCGUGUCCUGAAUUCGGGAUAGAUCACUUCGAACCCAGCACCUUACCGCACCAGGCAGACCAGACGUGGUUUUGCGAUAUAGCGGUGCCUUACAUACAAAGGGAGUUCAAACUGAGGGCCCAGACGAACGACUGGCCGGCCUUCGUGCAAGGCGUGGCGGCCCGCAUGACGAUCAAGCCGUGCCCGGGCAGCAAGACAGUGUAUCCGAGUGAUAAUUUCUACACGCCGGUCCGUGGGCCAGAGGGCCUGCUCAUCUGCAAGAUGUGUUUCUGCGACUACAUCCUCCUCACUAACCUGUCCAACGACUGGAAAGACGCAGGCGAAGACCUGGCGAGACGCUUCGGCGUCGAUGUGGGGUGCUACUUUGGCCAACAGUUCAACAUGCAGGUCCUCGGGGGUCGUACUCUCGACUCGAACGACCGAGAGCUAUUCUGGAAAGCCAUGCACAUCGUCAACUGCUCGCCCAGAUGCCAAAGCCAGAUGCAGAGUCCCGCGUGGUACACGCUGUUAUCGAACCCGCCGGGCUUCGAGAUAUGUCAAGGCUGCAUGGCCGCGAUCGUCCUGCCCAUGGGCAUCGAGCACCACUUUACGGCCAAGGAGGGGGUCUCCCCAGAGAGCAAGAUCACAUGCAGUUUCAACCCGGGCAUCGCGCGGUUCAGCACGUACAUGACGAAGCUGCUAGAGCUGGUAUACAAACAGGAUCCUGCGCCACUCGAGUCGUUCGUCAGGGAAUAUGCAUGCUUGCCCAUGUGCGCUCGAGAUAGGUACGUCGAGAAAAGGCAUUGGUACGGCUGGCAGCAGUGCACGAUGUGCGCCGAGUGCUACCACGAGUUCAUCCGAGGCACGGCGCUGGCGGACGCGAUGCCGUCCCAAGGCACCUAUGUCGAAGGAGGCGUCAUGUGUGAGAUGUACAGCGAGCGGAUGCGACAGCUAUAUCUCACAGCCUGCGCCUCGAACCCGGCCGACCCGACGCCGCUGCUCGAGUACAGCCUGCAGCGUCGCGCCGUGUACGCGGAGACGAUGCCGCGGGUGCGGCAGAUCAUGAGCAAUAUGCAGAUCAAGGUGCUUCAGCAGAGAAUGGCGCUGAAUAAUAGCUUUUUCUACAAUUCUACUGGGAAUACAUUUUAUCGAACACUCCCGUUGGAGACGACGUAUGCCGGCUCGGCCAUUGGCGCCGGACAUCACAAUCAUAUGCAUAUCAAGGGCGCGGAGUAUGCUGCACAGGCUGCUGCGAUUGGAGCUGAGAUAAGCGGCUCGCCGACGUAUAUUGCCGACGAACUGGAACGACGAUGGAGGGCUGUUGAGUGA